AUGGAGGCCCUCCGCCAAUUGGAGGAGAACAGGAUAGUUGCCCAUGUCUUUUGUCUCGAGCCACGACCUCCAGUCAAAGAGUGGAGUUUGGAAGACUUCUUGAAGCAUCACCCGGUAAAAUUCAACGGAAAGACUAGUCCUGAUGUUGUAGACCAAUGGCUGAAGGAUAUGAAGAGGAUCUUUAAUGUGAAGUCGUGCCCGAUGGAGAACUAUUUGGCAUUUGUGGUGUACAUGCUCACCGGUGAGGCAAAGCAUUGGUGGAUCAACAUGAAAUCCAUUAUGGAAGAAAGGGAGGAACCAGUUACUUGGGAGGACUUCAGCGGGAAGUUCCUCUUCGAGUACUUCCCCGAUAGCAUGAGGUAUGCUAAGGAAGUGGAAUUCCUCCAGUUGACUUUGGAGAGUAAGUCAGUUGCAGAGUAUGCUGAGAAGUUUAAGCAUCUCAGCUGCUUCUACACUUUGCCACUCGAUGAAGAAUGGAGAUGUCGUAAGUUCGAGAACAGCCUUAGGGGAGACAUCCGUCGGAUGGUUGCCCCACUGUCCAUCAAGGAUUUUGCUGCCUUGGUGAAGAAGGCCAAAGUUAUGGAGAAGAUGAAGGGCGAGGUAGAGGCUCAACCAGAAGAUUGGUGGACCAUAUGGGUCCAAACCGAGACAUGA